AUGGGCGUGCGGGUGCGUGCGAAGCUGGGAAGCGCUACGGGCCACGGGACGAGCCGCCCGGCCGGCCCUGAGGGUGGGGGGACCCAGCGCCUCAACAUCCAGCGCAUCCUCAAGGUCAACCGGACCCUCUUCAUCGGGGACAGGGACAACGUCUACCGCGUGAGCCUGGAGCCCACCGGUGCCAGCGAGAUGCGCUACCACCGGAAGCUGACGUGGCGCUCGAACCAGCACGACAUCAGCAUCUGCCGGAUGAAGGGGAAACACGAGGCAGAGUGCCGUAACUUCGUCAAGGUGCUGCUGGUGCGGAAUGAGAGCCUGCUCUUCGUCUGCGGCACCAACGCCUUCAACCCCGUCUGUGCCAACUACAGCAUGGACACGCUGGAGCCCAUCGGGGACAACAUCAGCGGCAUGGCCCGGUGUCCCUACGAUCCCAAGCACGCCAACGUGGCCCUCUUCACAGGGGGGAUGCUCUUCACCGCCACGGUGACGGAUUUCCUGGCCAUUGACGCCGUCAUCUACCGCAGCCUGGGGGACAGCCCGACCCUCCGCACCGUCAAACACGACUCCAAAUGGUUCAAAGAGCCCUACUUCGUGCACGCCGUGGAAUGGAGGAGCCACGUCUACUUCUUCUUCCGGGAGAUCGCCAUGGAGUUCAACUAUCUGGAGAAGGUGGUGGUGUCCCGGGUGGCCCGGGUGUGCAAGAACGACAUGGGGGGCUCACAGCGGGUGCUGGAGAAGCAGUGGACCUCCUUCCUCAAGGCCCGGCUCAACUGCUCCGUGCCGGGCGACUCGCACUUCUACUUCAACGUUAUCCAAGCCGUGACGGACAUCCUGGAGCUGGACGGGCGCCCCGUGGUGCUGGCCGUCUUCUCCACGCCUGCCAACAGCAUCCCCGGCUCGGCCGUCUGCGCCUUCGACAUGACCCAAGUGGCCGCCGUCUUCGAGGGACGUUUCCGGGAACAGAAAUCACCCGAAUCCAUCUGGACACCCGUGCCCGAGGACAUGGUGCCAAAGCCCCGGCCCGGGUGCUGCGCGUCCCCGGGGAUGCGCUACAACUCCUCCAGCACCUUCCCCGACGAGAUCCUCAACUUUGUCAAGACGCACCCGCUGAUGGACGAGGCGGUGCCAUCCCUGGGCAACGCACCCUGGAUCCUCCGCACCAUGAGUCGGUACCAGCUCCGCAAGAUCGUGGUGGACAACACAGCGGGGCCGUGGGGCAACCACACCGUGGUCUUCCUGGGCUCCAGCACGGGCACCGUACUCAAGUUCCUCAUCCAGCCCAACGCCAGCACCAGCCCCGCGCCCGCCCCCCCCGGCAGCCAGAGCGUCUUCCUGGAGGAGUUUGAGACCUACCACCCCGGGAGGUGUCAUCCCCCCCCCAUGUCCUGGCUGAUCCUGACGUCUCUGCUCCCUGCCAGGAAUUGCCUCGUGAGCCGGGAUCCCUACUGCGGCUGGACGCCCGAGGGCUCCUGCGUCUUCCUGGAGCCCAGCCCCCGGGUGGCCUUCGAGCAGGACAUCGCCGGCGGCAGCACGUCCCACCUGGGCGAGUGCGAGGGGCUGGUGACGGAGAGCUUCGUGGACGAGCCGGACGGGCUGGUAUCGGUGAACCUGUUGGUGAUCUCCUCCGUAGCCGCCUUUGUCAUCGGCGCCGUCAUCUCCGGCUUCAGCGUCUGCUGGUUCAUCGGCCACCGGGACCGCAAGGAGCUGGCACGCCGCAAGGACAAGGAGACCAUCCUGGCGCACAGCGAGUCGGUGGUGAGCGUCAGCCGGCUGGGUGAGCGGCGGGCGCGCGGCGGGCAACCCGGCGCCUUGCUGGCCCCGCUCAUGCCCAACGGUUGGCCCAAGGAGUUGGGGAAGGUCACCCAACACGACCUGGACUCGGGGGUCCUGCCCACGCCGGAGCAGACCCCGUUGCAGCAGAAACGCUGCCCCGGCGCCCUCCAAAACUGCACCUGGGAGCAGAGCCACAACAUCAUCAACGCCGCUUUGCGGGACCCCGGUGGAUCUGGCACUACCGCUGCCGGCGCCGGCCGGCUGCACGCCGGCUCCAGCCGCCCGGCUCGCGGCAUCCCCCUCUCC